CCUGCAAGUAAACCAUUCAGAUUCAGAUUAGCCAAGCAAUCGAACGACUGGCGACAACAAAACACGACGAGCACAAACCAAAAUAGCAAUAAAACAAUAAUUGAAACACUGGGCUGGGCGGUGGGCGGGGCACAUUAAAGGAUACCUGCGCUUGGACAUGCUAUGGGCUUGCUAGUUAUGGGUGUUGUUUAUGUACGGUGAAAGAGUGCGGCGACAGUGGCUGUCACAAAUACGUGUACAACAACGCGUUGCCCCACACGUCUGUCUUUAACUUAUUAUGUCGUAUCUCGCUCCUGCUCCUGCUCGCCUUAUUGAUUAGCCCCGUGAACUAGUUUCAGCCGGUUGCGAGUGGCGUUAUUUUAUGAUACGUGUGUGCGCGUGUGUGUGUGUGACUCCUGCAACGCGCUGCAGGCAAUUAAGUCUGCAACUUUGACAACGCCGUUGCCCAGUUCUCUGCUUUUCGCUUUUGCUUAAUGCGAGUUGCGCGAAGUUUGCGCUGCCAAAAGUUAAAGCGACUGCCGUGACGCAAUUUCACUGUGGGAAUCCUGGCCAAAACCGCAAUGCCAACUGCGCGCGUUCUUAUCGAUCAAACAGUCGCACAUGUGAACCAUUGCCAGCAGCAGUUCAGGUGUGUGUCUGUGUGUGUGUGUGUAUGGCAACGUCAAAAGUGCCAAGCAAUACAUUAGACAGGCCAGCGGCAGCCAUCGUCAUCGCGGCUGUGUGCCACUCAUUCAGACCAACUCGGGGCAAGCGGCCAGUGGCAGUUAAUGCCUGGGCGAUAGAGCGACGCACAGUCUUCACGCUGAUUGGAAUCUAUAAGUUUUAGCCAAGACAUCGCACGCGAAUUGGCGAAAGUGAAAGGCCCAAGUGGAUAAAUCUAAAAAAAAAAAACAAAAAGUUGAAAUAGAAACCUGCGGCAAGACAUAAAUCCAAAAAGUGGGCGGCCACUAUAUGGGCGCUAAUUGAAAUUCUAUUUCUGAUUUGCCAGCAAAGCGGGUCAAUGCGCUGCCAGCCUCGUUAGCAGCAGCAACAGCAGCAGCUGUAAUCCAAUCAAGUUGCCAGCGGCAUGGGCGACUCAGACAGCGAGGACAGCGAUGGCGAGGGCGGACUGGGCAACGUUUCCCGCGUGAUAAUCCGUCCGCCCGGACAGAGCGGCAAGGCCAAGCGCGGCCAUUUGUGCUUCGAUGCGGCCUUCGAGACCGGGAAUCUGGGCAAGGCGGAGCUGGUGGGCGAGUUCGAGUACGAUUUGUUUCUGCGCCCGGACACGUGCAAUCCGCGCUUUCGCUUCUGGUUCAACUUCACCGUGGACAAUGUGAAGCAGGAUCAGCGCGUGCUCUUCAACAUUGUGAACAUCAGUAAGAGCCGCAAUCUGUUCAACUCCGGCCUGACGCCGCUCGUCAAGUCCUCCAGCCGGCCCAAGUGGCAGCGGCUGCCCAAGCGUCAGGUCUUCUUCUAUCGCUCGGCCAUGCACCAGGGACACUAUGUGCUCAGCUUUGGCUUCAACUUCGACAAGGAGGAGGAUGUGUACAUGUUCGCCCUGGCCAUGCCGUACAGCUACUCCCGCUUGCAGUCCUAUUUAAAUGUGAUCGAUGCACGCCAGGGCACCGAGAAGCGUUUCACGCGUAGCGUUCUCGUCAAGUCUUUGCAAAAUCGCAAUGUGGAUCUGCUCACAAUUGACCAGGUGACGCACAGCCAGCGGUCCACGAACCGGCUCGAGCGUAGCUUCAUACGGGUCAUUGUCAUACUGUGCAGGACACACUCGAGCGAAGCGCCCGCAUCGCAUGUGUGCCAGGGCCUAAUCGAGUUUCUGGUGGGGAAUCAUCCCAUUGCGCAGGUGCUGCGCGAGAAUUUCGUAUUCAAAAUUGUGCCAAUGGUCAAUCCGGACGGGGUCUUUCUGGGCAACAAUCGCUGCAAUCUGAUGGGCCAGGACAUGAAUCGCAACUGGCAUGUGGCCUCCGAGUUCACCCAGCCGGAGCUGCAUGCCAUCCGGAAUGUGCUAAAAGAGUUGGAUAAUUCAGAUACCUAUCAGAUUGACUUUGUGAUUGAUCUGCACGCGAACAACAGCAUGCACGGCUGCUUCAUCUACGGCAACACGUACGAGGACGUCUAUCGCUACGAGCGGCAUCUCGUCUUUCCGCGCCUCUUUGCCAACAACGCCAAGGACUACAUUGCCGAGCACACAAUGUUCAAUGCGGACGAGCGGAAGAUGGGCAGCGUCCGACGCUACUGCUGCGAGCGGCUCAGCGACACGGUGAACGCCUACACGCUGGAGGUGUCCAUGGCAGGCCACUACCUGCGCGAUGGCAAGACGAUCGCGCUAUACAACGAGGACGGGUAUCAUCGAGUUGGGCGCAAUCUGGCGCGGACUCUGCUUCAAUACUAUCGCUUCAUCAAUGUCCUGCCCGUGCCGCUGGUAUCCGAGAUGAGGCAGCAGGGCAAGCGACGCGGCAGACCGCGUACACAUCAUUCACGCUCGCGCUCCAGGACACGCUACGAGGUGAAGCCGCGGCCAAAGACGACACGAUGCCAUGCGCCCAUUGCAUACACCAAUCUGAGCAUUUGCUACGACUCAGCUGGCGGCGGUGGCGGAGGAGUUGGCGGGGUCUCCUCCGACGAGGGCGGCUUUUCGCCGACGCGUCCCAUGCCCAUUGCACCCGGCAGCAGCUGCUUCAGCGGCUAUCGCAAUUAUCGGCGCGCCGUUACCGCCAGUUGCGGACACCAUGAUCAGUAUUCCCUGGGCACUAGCGAGCCUGCCGCUGGCAGUCGCCAUAAGCGACGCGCCGCCGCUGCCGCUGCCGCUCUGCCUAUUGAUGUGCCGCCAAAGCCGUACCUGUCCAUAAUCGAUCUGAAUCAGCUGACCCGUGGCAGUCUAAAGCUGAAGGCGAGCAGCUUCGAUGCCGACGAUCGACGCUAGGUUCAGUUUUAAUUGUGAAUCUAAUUGAUUUUAUAUGCUUAACGCUUUUUGCAGUCGUUUCCCUAAAUAAACAGUUAUAUCUAA